AGCCCACCGUGGGCCUAGCCCCUGGCCCCUACCCCCUUAGCCUCUCAGCGAGGAGGCCUGGCAGGCCUGGCCCACCCGACAGGCCGAACGAAGCUCGGUUCCAUCCGCCGUUGAGCUGGGGCCAUGCCACACACACGGUAACCACAACACCACAGCUCCAGCCCGUUCUCGGUGCACAGCUGAGCACACAUGCGAAUGUUUGGGCCGCGCGAGAGACCACCAAUCCCUACCGCGUGCCUGCAGCUAGCUGGCUGUCCAGGCCUGACCGCCGCGCACCGCACCGCCUCGCCCCGUUCCCCUUGCGACACCUCGCUGCCGUCGCCUCAUCCCACCGCGUCCGCACUCGAUCCCCAGAGCCAUGCCUGACGACCUCGACUCGAUAGUCAAGGGCACCGCCGCCCCGCCCGCCGAGAAGGCUGCCGAGAAGGUCGCCAGCACCUCCGGCGUCACCCCUCCCAGCGGCAAGCCCGGCGACCCCCUCAGCCAUGCGCCCUCCUCUCCCUCCAUGAUCUACCUCAACCUCCUCAUCCUCGAGGCCUCCCUGCGCGCACAGUACCUCGAGCUGCGCGCACGCAGGCGGCACCACACCUUCUUCCUCUCCAUCCUCAGCGUCUGGGUCGUCGGCUUCGGCUAUGCCCUGUUCUUCGCCCCGAGGGAGGACGGCAGAGGCGUUGGUGGCUCGGUCUACUGGGGAGUCGAGAUGAUCGAGAAACUGUGCUUCAUGGGCGGCGUCAUAACUGCAGCCCUCGUCUGGGCCACGGGCAUAUGGGAGCGCGGCGUGAGGUGGCCCAGGAGGUGGUUUGCCAUCACCAACCGCGGCAUCAGGGCUUUCAACCUCAAGCUGGUGCUGGUCAAGAGGUCCUGGUACGCCGAGGCCUUGUCCACGCUGGGCUGGUUCCUAACCUACGGCUUGUUCUCCCACACCGCGGGAUCCUCCUACCAGUUCGUCGACCCCGCCAUACUCCGCGAGGUGGACAAGGAGCUGGACCUCGCAGGGAAGGGACACCCGGCCCUGCCCUCCGUCAGCAGUGACGAGGAGAAAGCUGGGCGCGAGGAGGACCUCGCCCCCGGGGGAGAUUACGUCAAGCUGCUGCUGCUGGCCAAGCCUUUCUCGCCCACCUUCCGCGAGAAUUGGGAACUGUACAGGACCGAAUACUGGGACCGGGAGAACGAGAGAAGGGCGCUGUUCCGCACCAAGCUCCAGGAGAGAGACCGCCGCCUGCGCAAGGAGCAGUUUGGCUGGUUGUGGUGGGCACCGUGGUCGAAGCCGGCGCCGACCGUCGAGAAGCCCCAUCACGCACACCCCGACAAGGCACACCACCGAAGGCUCUCGGUGGUUGAAAAGGAAGGCAAGCGGUCUCGCAGUGGAAGCGUCCGGCGAGGUAGUAUCUCUGGCCACUCCAGCCGGAGCCCGACACCGACACUGGAGGUCAAGGAGGGAAAUGCCAGCAGGAGGUCCUCAGACGCCUCGCAGAAGAGGAAGAAAGCCCUGUCUUCCUCUGGUUCCAAGUCUGGCAAGCGGCCCGGGGUGGAAUCGCGAUCUGUCACGCCGGAAUUCUUGUCACCACUGGCUCGAGAGAGCAGUGUCAGUGGUUUGACGCCAACAGCGUCAGGUACCGCAAGUGACAGACGAGCCAAGUCUGCCUCAGAUCCGGCCUAGGUUGUAGGCGGCUCAGACUGUACUGAUAGCAGUGUGUGCAGACGCACAAUCAUCAUUGUAGACUACUGUUAGACUAGACCCAAAUGCUUUACCGGUGGCGACAUGAACAUCCAUCGAUGCAA